AUGGAGCCGCCAGCAUGGUACUGCCGCCUGGUCAACCUCCCACAGGACCACGAAAUAGAGGAACAUGACUUUGACGACGACAUCUCAGAACUCCGAGAAGGCGAAGAAGAAAGCGUGAAUCCGGACGCGUUCAGUGAUGGCGAUAGUUCUCAUCGCUGCGAUUGCCCAAGCUCAGACAUCCUUGAGUGCGAAUGCGAUGAUGAUGAUGAUGAUGAUGAUGCCGCCCCCGAGGAGGAAAUGGAUGAUGGCGCAGAAUCGGAGCGCUCAUAUCAGGGCUCAGAUGCCGACUACUACUACGAGUUAAAGGAACAGCGCAUCCAACGAAAGAUUGACUUGAGGGAUCUGAGAGAGGAACAGGAGAGGGAACGCCGUCUCCACCGGGAACUGGAAAGCGAAAAAGAACAAGAGGUUCGCGAGGCGUACGAAGCCAUGCUCAAGGAGCAGAAGAAAGGCGACGCUCCCCGACCGCGUCUGGCAUCCCUCUCUAAAGCAAUCUUUCACCUGUUCUCGGUGGACCACAUCGACUACUGCUACUGCUACGAUCUCUACCUUGGGACGCGAUACGUAGAGUUUUACUGCCUUGACGAAAAGGGCCAGACGAGAAUCCCGGACAACACAAAUGUCAAGAUUCAGGGGCACGUCUACCUAAGCGAUAGGACUGACUGCGACUUUCUGCCCUUUGCCCAGCCAAAGAGGGCCGGCAUCAAAAAGAGACAGUUUCCGACUCGCGGGCAGGAUCAUGAUGAGCCGGUCUUUCAGUUCAUCAGCAACAAGUACUUGAUCAUGACUGUCAAGUCAGAUUCCAAGAUGGUCUCGGGUGAUAUUGAAGAGCUGGGAGCCACAGAAGUGCCGAAAGAGCUAAAGUUUUUUGGUAUCUGCAUGGAGAAGGAGGAGCGGGAGCUGUAUUUGGAAAGGAGAUCGGAAAGAUUUCGGCGGCGAUGA